AUGUUCACAGAACUUUUCGCCAAAUACACAUGCACAAACUGUCAGGAAGAUAUUUCCGGGAUCCGCGUGCACUGCGUGGUAUGCACCGAUUUUGAGCUAUGCUUGGCGUGUUUUGCUGCCGGGGCAGAAAUCGGACCGCAUCGAAAUGACCAUUCUUAUCAGUUUAUGGACUCAGGUAUUUUGUCGAUUUUCCGAGGCAAAAAUGGUUGGUCGGCACGCGAAGAGCUGCACCUACUGGACGCCAUUGAGCAGUAUGGAUUCGGCAACUGGGAGGACAUCAGCAAGCACAUUGAAACGCGCACACCGGAAGAGGCCAAGGAGGAGUACGUGUCUAAAUUCCUCAAUGGUACCAUCGGACGCCACACAUGGCAGACGGCCGUUGAUCAGCGGCCCAUCCUAACCGAUCACACGUCGGACGAUGCGGGACCGUUGAGUCAAUUGUUGAUACAAAAGUUACCACCCAUGGACUGCACAGCCGAAGAAGCAGCCGCUUUAGGGUACAUGCCAAAUCGAGACGACUUCGAGCGCGAGUAUGACCCCACAGCAGAACAGCUCGUGUCUACUCUGUCCUUGCAACCGGAUGAUGAAGACGUUGACAUGCUGCUCAAGCUAGCUCAAGUGGACAUCUAUACGCGCCGACUUCGGGAAAGAGCCAGAAGGAAAAGAGUUGUCCGGGAUUAUCAGUUGAUAGCGAAUUUCUUUCGUGGCAACAUGAAACGAGCUCGCCAAACACGGGACCAGCGUGAAUUCCGUGAGCGGUUGCGUACGUAUUCGCAAUUCUACACAUCGUUGGAGUUUGAGCGGCUAAUUUCAUCGCUCGAGCGAGAGCGAGCCCUCAGGAUUCGUUUAUCGGAGCUCAACCGGUACCGGUGGAAUGGCAUUCAGCGAGUUGAUGAAUGCGUGCAUUUCGAGCAGCACGUUGCCGCAGCUCAGUAUCGCAGCACGGGACCCUACGGACAUGGGCGUACGGACAACCGAAGCAGAGGCGCCUCUGGAGAGACCGCCAAAGGAGCCUACUUGGUAUCGGGCAGCGGAACGGACCAAACGUUGGCGGUUCCAUCGGUGGCGGGCCAGGCGACUGUGACCCCAGCGGGCGAGGGACCGGCAGCGGUGGGAUCAAUAAGAAGAAGCGAAAACGACGUCCGAAGCUCAAGUUCCAUCGACCGAAAGCCCAUGCACCCCACCGACGACCAGGUUUACUACGACGACUCAUACAACAGCAAAAGUUGCUUGGAUAGCUCACAGCGGGGGGCAGUGAUGAGCCCAGGCAGUCAGCAGCAGCCGGCGAGCGGCCAGAAGCAUCAGCACCAACACCAGCCGAGCCCCGCCGGCGUGGCAGGAAACCUGGCAGCCGAUCCGGCGCAACAGCCCGGGGGUCUACUGCUAACGUCUAAUGAAAUCCAGCUGUGCAGUUCGCUCAAUAUGCCAGUCACAAGAUAUUUGACACUGAAGACGGUGCUACUCAGCCGUACUGCCCUUGAUCACAACAUCAACUCGGUGGCGGAAAGCAUCGUGAAAAAGUAUCUGGUCAGUCGGGGUUGGCUGCAGACAAGUCCUCAGAAUUAGCACCAGUUCUCCGAGGCUCCGAGAAGGAAAGGAUGGUGGCCAUGUUCUGCUUUUAUCACAAGACGGAAAGCAUAAGCAAAUUUUAGUUUAUGUUGAUCUCAUGCUACGCGAUCGAAACAAAGCAACCACUUUUUGAAAUAUUUUAUUUGCUCGUCCCGAAAAAAGGACUGAUUUGCAAGGCUCUACAUUUAAUGGGGGCGUUUUAAUUUUCGUGAACAAAUUUUAGUUCGUUAGGCAUCCCUUUUGAUAUGCGAUAAAGUUGAGUAAGGGUACAAGAUAUGCCAUAGUUUCACUAUCGAACUAGUUCACUUUCCCAUUGCGUGAUAGUAGAAGCUUAUGAUGCAAAUAGGUAGAACAAGAUAUGCACGUUUUGAAUGUUUUGUUCACGAGGACAGCUAUCGUUGCAAUCGUGCAAAGGUCAACGAAAAAUGAUGUAUAA